UCGCAAUUGAGUUGUAGCGAUAGGCGCGACACUCCGAUAGAUCUUUCGUCCAGUCGACGUGGUUAUAAUUAAUCAGUCUUUCUGCGAAUUUAACAUGCCAUGUGGUUACACAUGGACGGCUGUCGGCAUACAUUAAAGCGGUGUAUUAUUUACUUUUGAGAUUGAAAGUAAGAAUUGUUUCCUUCGAACGUAGGAGAAGAAGAUAGAGAAGAGGGGAAAAUGGAAAACAACCAUCAAUGAUUGAUUACACGUGACGUAUUUGUCGGAUAAAUCGAAAAGAUCGAGAUAAAUCGUAAUUGGAUCGAAGCCUUGUUGUGAACGAGGGAGAGAGAGAGAGAGAGAGAGAGAGGGAGAGAGAGAAAACAAUCAAAAGAGGAGAAGGCGAGAAUGAAGGAGAUAGUAGCAAAAGAGACGAAAAAUGACAAGGUGGUAACACGAUUGAUAAAAACAAAAUAUUCGUGCUGUAGUUUUACAACGGAUAUCAAUUACUAACUAUCGAUCGCAGACUAUCAACUACCAAUUGUCGACUAUUGACAGCAAGCGAGUUUUCUUGGUUUUUCAAAACACUCGAGGUCAUAUACAAGCGCGAAAUCAAUACGCUGUUACGCAUUGAUCCCACAACUACAGAACUGUACGCGUUCACGUAAUACUCUAGCUGCUAGAGUUCAGCAGAAUCAAGUUUAGUAUUUGUAUUAAAUAGUCAGAAAAAAUGAUUUUUGCACGCAAAUGACACUGAAUCGAAAUAAUUUAUAAGCAAAAUAUGUUUCAAGAGAUAGUUAAGAAAAAAACACGAGCCACUACAACUCUCAACUCUCGUACAAAGCACAACGUUUCAUGAAUACACGGAUUUAUAUCGUAGCAGAAAUUAUACAUCUCACGUAGUGUUUUUGAAAUCGAUCUCCUGUCGAUUUUUUGAUGCAAAUAGUCCACUGUGGAUCACAGUGUGGUGCGGUAUGUUAUUGUAAAUCGAAGAAAGUUUGCGUUCGAAUGAUCGAUCACGGCUCGAUUCAAAGUGGAAAAAAUCCAUUCCUAGACAACAUGGUUUCGUCGCGCGGAAGUGGUAGGGGAGUCGAAGAGUAUACUCGCUGGUUCGUACGCCGAAAGCUCAGUUUAGUUUAAUAGCGGUUUCGAGUCACAUUCUUCUCCGAGCUUCGAAUUUUGGAAUGUCCGAAUAUUGAAUAAAAUUCGCAAUCAUCGAAGCGUUGAAACCGGGAUCGAAACACAAUCAAACGUAAGGAAAAGAAAGAAGAAACGAGGACCAAUGGCUGUUGAGCGAAUUUUUGAAUUGACUGAAUUUCAUAUACCAUAGGAAAUUGGUUUAUUGUGUAUGCGUUUCUUUGAUCACUUGCUCUCCGACCGUUUUUACUAUUUCUAUUUUCUCCUUCGAUUUCAAUCUCGUGUGAUCGCCUAUGAAUUAACGAAGAUACCCGGAGCAAGGAAACAUAGAGAACGUAUUAAGGCUUAAUAUUCGUAUGCAAAACGGAAACGGGGAAAGAAACAAAAUCGAGAUAAAUCCGAUCGGCAAAGGAAGAAAUAGAGGGGCGAACAAUGAAAUACAAGCUUUCGUUUUCCAAAUAGAGCAUUCAAUUUGACAAUCGUCGUUUUCGAAAAUUCAGUUGCGUGCAACGAAUCGGAACACAAGAAGAGAGAGCAUGCCUCUACAGCGGAUUAGAUUUGUUCUUGUAAUACGUGACACAGCCGAUCGGAUUAGACGGAUUGCACGACCCGUUCAAGUUUAUUUACGCUGCCGACGCAUCGUCGACGAGAAUCAAUUAAAAUUCAUUCGCUGUGCCGAUUGGAUUUCGCAAGUAUAGAAUAAACAGCUGAUUAACUUUUAAACAUUAAAAAGGUAUCGGCGACGAUCCAUCUACGCGUAACUGUUCCGUGUCCUUAACCACUCUACGAAUGGAAGAAGAACUAUCGUUGUCGGAUCUCUGUCACGAAUCUAGAGUAAAAACGGCAAAAAUAAUGUCAAAGUAAACGAUCCGGACGCAAACGACGAAAGGAAUGGCGCGAUUGAGAUGAAACAAGAAUCGAUAUUCUCGUGGCAAUAUGGGCCGAGAAACGAAAAGGAAUUGGACAAAAAUAGAUGGAAAUUGAUCAUAAUCGUUGGUAUAUUAACGGUAAUCGUGGUUGCGUUGCUACUAACGCUGGCCUUGCAGAUGGUUAUUUUCCGCAAGGAAGUCUACGAUGAGAUGUGCCAGAGCGAGGAAUGCGUGAGGACAGCCGCCAGAAUAAUAGAGGCGAUGAACAGAUCUGUAGAUCCUUGUCGAGAUUUCUACAAAUUCGCCUGCGGCGGUUGGAUUUCAAAGAAUCCUAUACCGCAGAGUCAAACAUCCUGGGAUCAAUUGAGUCUUCUUAAGGAACGGUUGCUGAAGGAUCUAAGGAUAUUGCUCGAAGAAUCGGACGAUGGAAACGAUUUGAGAUCGGUCAAGUUGGCUAGAACUCUAUACAGGACUUGUAUGAAUUUAACGAGCAUCGAAGCUCUGGGGUUGAAACCCGUCUAUGAAACGUUCAACAAGCUCGGAUUACCAAAAGAUCCGCCUUUACAAAACGAAACUUUACCUUUUGAUCUUCCCGGUAUUGUCGGGAGGAUACAGAGAGUUUUAGGUUUGAAUAUAUUUCUAAAUUUUUAUAUUAGCGAGGAUAUACGAGACACGACGAAAAAUAUGAUGAUGAUAGAACAAACGUCACCAGGAUUUAGCGAGCGUUAUUUGCUCGAUUCUUCGCGAUUUCAAUCGGAAUUAAUGGAAUAUAAGAAGUAUAUAGAAAGCAUGAUCGAACUGGCUGGCGCAGGGAAUAGAAGCACCGAAUUUGCCAACGAGAUCUUAAACUUUAGCACGAAUAUCGCGCGCAUCAUGGCGACUCCAGAACAAAGACGCAACGUAAAUCAUCUUAUUUACGAUGUAACUAUCAAUGAAUUUCAACAGAUGACAGAUUUGCACGUACAACAGUGGAACUGGACCAGAUAUUUGGAAGCGGUGUUCGACGAUACAAACGUAACAAUAAAUACUGAAUCGGAGCGUGUGAUCGUAAUGGAUCUGCAGUAUUUACAGAAACUACCUAAACUGUUAGCGACUACUCCAUUCGCCACGAUAGCGCGAUUCGUAUGGUGGAACGUCUAUUCGGCGAUUGCUCCAUUAACGUCACAGCGAUUUCGUGAUCUUGGUUUCAAAUUCUCGCAGAAAGUUUUCGGUUUAAAAGAAGAGACAUCGAGAUGGAAAAUUUGUACUGGAAAUGUAAACGUAAAUUUUGGUAUGGCUCUCAGUUAUAUUUACGCACGAAAACACUUUGACGAUAAUGCUCGACAAAAGGCUCUAGAAAUGUUGUUCGACAUUAAGGCAGCAUUUGAACAAAUGGUUGCCGAACUAGAUUGGAUGGAUGCUGAGACAAGAGCUCAGGCUCAUAGAAAGCUGCACGCGAUAAGACCGUUCGUAGGAAUUCCAGACUGGAUUACUAAUUCAACAAAAUUGGAUAAAUUUUACGAGGGGAAAAACGUUGUGCCUGGGCGAUUGUUCGAUACAUUUUUGAUGCUAACUGACGCAACAGUCAGGAAAAGUUUAAAUAGUUUGCGUGAGAAACCGGACAAAAAUCGAUGGAUAUCGACUGGAACAACAGUAAAUGCGUUUUAUAGCGCGAUAUUAAACUCAGUCACGUUUCCAGCUGGUAUUUUGCAUCCUCCGUUUUAUGGAAAUGGUUUACAGUCUAUCAAUUACGGUGCCAUGGGCGCAAUCAUGGGUCAUGAACUAACUCAUGGAUUCGAUGAUCAAGGUCGUAGAUAUGACGAAAACGGGAAUCUUCAACAGUGGUGGAGCAACGAGACGUUACAACGUUAUCACGAGAAAGUUGAAUGUAUAAUCAAACAGUACGGUAACUACCAUCUGCCAGAGCUAGGCAGUAAUAAUAAUUUCACGGUAAAUGGCAUAAAUACACAGGGAGAGAAUAUAGCUGAUAACGGUGGUAUACGAGAGGCCUACAAAGCGUAUCAACGAUUUCGAACAAGAAAUGCUAAUCGACUAGCUCUACCCGGCCUCGCUAAUUAUAGCCAAGAACAAUUAUUUUUUAUAGGUUUCGCACAAGUCUGGUGCGGCAGUUAUACGAAUGGAGCGCUAAAAUCUAAAUUGAUACAAGGAGUUCAUGCACCAAAUCAUUUCAGAGUCAUCGGAACUUUAUCGAAUAACGCGGAUUUUGCGAAAGCAUGGAAUUGUCCGGUUGAAAGUCCCAUGAAUCCGUCUCGCAAAUGUAUUCUUUGGUAAUUAUUUGUAAUUACACAGCAUGCACGUAUCCGAACAUUACUGAACAUACGAGAUUAUGUUAUUCUUUAAAAAGAACGUUGUAUAAUAUUCAUAGUAAAAUUACAUAAAGAGCAAA